CUUUGUCUUCUCCUGGGUGUCUGUGGAGACGUGUCCGGGUUGGCAUGCUUUAUGUUCUUGCCGCUGCCCUAGGUCGCCGUGCGUGUGGCACUAAUGUGCAUUCUUUUAUAGAGUUCACCCUGUCUGGUUGUGGAUGUCCCUGUGUGGGUGGAUGUAUGCCUGGGCUGCUGGCAUUGGGUGUCUCGCUGGACCGGGCUGCAGCCUUAUACGUGCUUCUGUGGGCCUAUUGAGGUGCCACGACUAAUUAAAGGGCCAGUACUCUCCGGCGCGUUCUUUCCCCCCCACUGAGGCUGUUCUGGAUACUGGCAGCACUGUUCUGGAUUCCGGUGAAAGUGUUUUUGGAUACUUGUACAAAAUUGUUUGAAUACAUGUACAAAAGCAGUUUUGAAAUAUUGGCAGAAGAUCUUCCUACAUCUUCCGUUAGCUCCAGGACUGUUGUUCACCAACACCAGCAUCCAAAAUAAGCAUGAACGUACAUCUGAGAGUUGGAGAUCGGCUGAAAGUGAAGGGGGAAAUCAUGCAUGAUGCUGAGAGAUUCCAGAUCGACCUCGGCAGUGGUGCAGACGACCUGGCGCUGCACUUUAACCCUCGUUUCCACGACGACGAUGGAGCUGUUCUCGUUUGCAACUCAAAGAUUGACGGUUGUUGGGGCGAUGAGAAACGUGAAAUGCACAACCCCCUACAGAGGGGCACAGAUGUCAAGUGAAAACCAUUGACUGCAGCAGAUCGAUGAAAGGGCACGCUGUGGUCAUCAGGACUGUGAUCUUCCAAUGUGUUGGUACAAACAGCUGCACAGAAUGGACACGUUACCCAGC